AUGACAGAAGACGAAAACCAUGCUGCUCAGUCUGAAAAAGAAGUUAGAGGUCCUAAAACCACAAAACAAUAUGCCAGAGCGUCUCAUGACGGAUGUGGAAAUUUCAGAGGUGUCGUGGAAAAUGACGGAAUAUUAGGACGCAUUCAAGGAAUUGGACGUACUGCCCUCAAUUUCAGUGGCAAGGUUGCUCCGUUAACUGCUUAUUAUUCGGGGGAUAUAUCUUCUACACUCAUCUCUUUCAGAUCUCUAGAAGACUCACAAAUCCGUCCUGUCUUCGACCCUCAUUCCCCUUACUUAUCCCUUCAAACGGAUAAGAUCCCAAUUCGGAAAGCUGACGGUCUAUACUUCAUUGAUCAGGCUUUCCUCAUUCCUGCUCAAAAAUCCAGAGUGUACCAUUUGCACAGCAAACUGGGACAUAUUAACGUCAAAGACUUAGCUACUUCAUUAAAACACAAAACCAUUGUGUCAUCCAUUGAAGAACUGGAUUUAAAUGAUCUUGCCAAAAACCAAAGGAAGGAUGCAUACUGUGCAUGA